AAAAAACCUCUGGAUAUAAAGAGAGUCAGCACUGCUGCACAAACAAGAGCUAACAGCAGUGAAGUGACUCUGUAUUACUCUAACUGGCCUAACUGGUCUAACUGUUUUAACUGAAGUCUGGAUGGUUUGUUGUUAGGAAGACUUUACAUUUUAGGAUUUUACUGGUUCUGGUGGUCUUGGUCCUUGCGGUUUUGGACCCAGUGGUUUUGGUCCUGGUGUUGGGGAUCUGCGAUAUGGAGCGUCGUCAGAGUCUGGAGGAGCAGCUCAGGUGUCCUGUCUGUCUAGACGUCUUCACUGAACCACUAAUGUUACAGUGUGGACACUCCUACUGCAGGUGUUGUGUGCGCUCCAUGACGAUAGACCUGCUUGGCCAGCUGCAGUGUCCUGUAUGUCGCUGUGCAGUGGACGGAGAUAGUCCUCCUCCCAAUGUUACUUUGGCUCGAAUUAUUGAGGCUCUGCAGGAAGUGAGUGUUUCAGGUGGAGCUCAGCUGGAGUCGUGUCCUCAGCACCACAACCCACUAAGCCUUUACUGUGAGGACGAACAAACUGUGAUCUGUGGCCUGUGUGGAAGCAUCGGUGCUCACCGCGGACACAAGAUCACACCUGUGAGCUCCGUCUACAGCCGCAUGAAGGAGGACAUUUCCUGUCUGAUGACAGAGUUCCAGCAUCAGAAGCGUAAACUGGAGGAUCAGAUCUGUAAAAUGGCGCACAACAAAUCCAGGAUCACUAAUGAGUCUGACGUACUGAAGUGGGUGGUGAGGAAGGAGUUUGGUGAACUGCGACGCUGCCUGGAAGUGGAGGAGGCGGGAUUCAUGCAGCAGGUGGAGACAUCUGCCGCUGUCCUUAUCUCAUCCCUCCAGAACCAGACGGACCAGUUAAACCAGAACCUGAACCGGCUGCAGGAUGCCCACAACACCCUGCAGGACCUGAGCAACGAGGGACACCUGGACUUCAUCAUGAAAUAUGGAUCAAUCGCUCCAAGAUUCAGAGAGAGUCAGGAGCUCCAUCAGAGGGAGGAGAGACUCUUCAGCUCCAUCAACUUCAAAGCAGGUUUCAACCACAACGACAUCAAACUCACCGUGUGGAAGAGGCUUCACCGAAAAGUCCUGCCAGCUCCUGAGCUGUUGAAGCUGGAUCCUCAAACUGCUCACCCGAUGUUGGAGCUCCAUCAUGGGGACACAGUCGUGGUCUGUGGUGCUCUACUGCGGAGACUUCCUGAUAAUCCAGAGAGGUUCAGUUACAGUUACUGUGUCCUCACCAACCGAGGAUUCUCCUCCGGGAAACACUACUGGGAGGUGGAGGUGGGUAACAAACCUAAAUGGCGUCUUGGUUUGAUCAAAGGAACGACCAAUCGUAAGUCCAAGCUGGUGAAGAACCCAGAUAGUGGAGUGUGGCUGAUCGGACUGAAGGACGGUGUUUAUGAAGCCUUCUCUUCACCCAGGGUGGUCCUGCCGGUGUCGGCACCCCCUCGCCGGGUGGGACUGUUCCUGGACUAUGAGGGUGGAGGUCUGACCUUCUAUAACAGUGACAGUCCUGACGAGCUGGGCAUCAUCUACAGCUUCAGGCUGGAGGUCCAAGGGAAAGUCUACCCCCUGCUGGACGUCUGCUGGCAUGACCGAGGAGACAACAAACAGCCCCUUGUCCUCCCCCAGCCUCACAGAGAGCACCUCCUCCCCCUCCCCCAGCCCCAGAAACAGGACGAGUGACUGUGUCCUCCUUUAUUAGACUGGUCAGUGUCAGCUGACUGACUGACUGACUGACUGACUGACUGACUGACCAGUAAUUCUGUGUAAAGAAAGAUGGAAGCUGCUUUUACUAAUUAUUAAUGAGACAUUUAAAAUUUAUUAACCAACAUUUAUUUUUGCAUUCAUUAAUGAGGGUCGUCUUUUUUUAUUUCCUUUUCUCGCAAAGUGCUCAGAAACAAAUAUCUAUUAAAUAAUUUAA